CAACAUCAAAAAUUCGCUCUGCGUAGUUCCGGCUACAAGUUCACAACGACGCUUCUUUCGUUGCAUGGCCUAUGCUGAAAAGCUCCUAACCAAAUGCAAUUCCCUACCACACAUCAAGCAACUUCAAGCCCACCUCAUAACCACCGGCCUUUUCAAAUCCUACUUUUCCCGUUCAAAGCUGCUUGACUUUUGCGCCACCUCCUCCGCCGGCAGCCUGUCUUACGCUACCUUUAUCUUCAACCACAUCCCCCACCCUGCCACCAAUGAUUGGAACGCCAUUAUCCGCGGCCUCGCCCAAAGCCGCCAACCGCUAGAUGCAGUCACUUGCUACGUGUCCAUGCGGCGUGCCCGUUGCACCCCUGAUGCCUUAACUUGUUCCUUCACCCUCAAGGCCUGCGCUCGCGCAUUGGCCCGGAUUGAAGCCCUUCAGUUCCAUGGUGAGAUUGUCAAGUUUGGGGUGGGUGCUGAUGUUUUAUUGCAGACUACUCUGCUUGAUGCCUAUGCAAAAUGUGGGGAUUUGAAUUGCGCGUCGGUUAUGUUCGAAGAAAUGACUAGUAGGGAUAUUGCGAGUUGGAAUGCUAUGAUUGCUGGGAUGGCUCAGGGGAACCGACCAAAUGAAGCUCUAGAGUUUUUUAAGCGGAUGAGGGAGAAUGGGCUGAGCCCAAAUGAGGUUACCGUCCUGGGAGCACUAUCUGCAUGUUCACAGCUUGGUGCUUUUAAGGAGGGAGAAAAGAUUUAUGAUUAUAUUAGAGAUCAAAAGCUUGAUGACAAUGUAAACGUUUGCAAUGCAGUUAUUGACAUGUUUGGGAAAUGUGGAUUUGUUAACAAGGCGUUUGAAGUGUUCAGUGGCAUGAAAUGUAGGAAAACACUUAUUACUUGGAAUACAAUGGUUAUGGCAUAUGCAAUGCAUGGGGAUGGAGUUAAAGCAUUAGAGCUGUUCAAGCUAUUAGAACGAGAUGGUUUGGGGCCGGAUAGCGUGAGUUAUUUAGCAGCAUUGUGCGCGUGUAACCAUGCAGGGUUGGUGGAUGAAGGGUUGAAGUUGUUUGAGUCAAUGGAGGAAAGUGGGGUGGAUAAAAAUGUGAAACAUUAUGGUAGUGUUGUUGACCUGUUAGGAAGAGCAGGACGGUUGGAGCAGGCGUACAAGAUUAUAGCAUCAAUGCCCACAUAUCCAGAUGUUGUGCUUUGGCAAACUUUGUUAGGGGCUUGUAAAACUUAUGGGAAUGUGGAGAUGGCAGAGAAAGCAUCCAGGAAGCUUGUAGAAAUGGGAUCACGUAGUUGUGGGGACUUUGUGUUACUGUCGAAUCUUUAUGCUUCACAUGGGAGGUGGAAUGAUGUGGGGAGGGUGAGGGAAGCCAUGAAAAAUAGGGCUGUCAAAAAAAUACCAGGAUUCAGUUAUACUGAAGUUGGUGGUGUGAUCUAUAAAUUUAUUAACGGUGAUCAGAGCCAUCCCAAUUGGAGGGAUAUUUAUCAGAAGCUUGAUGAGAUUAGGUUUAGGAUUAGUGAAUGCGGAUAUGUGCCAGAGACCAAUAAUGUGUUGCACGAUAUAGGUCAUGAGGACAAGGAGAAUGUGUUGGGUUAUCACAGUGAGAAGUUGGCUGUGGCCUUUGCUUUGAUAAGCACUAGCGCUGAAGUGCCUAUUAGUGUAAACAAGAAUCUAAGAAUAUGCGGAGACUGUCAUACAGCGAUUAAACUCAUUUCGAAGAUUUAUAAGAGGGAAAUUAUUGUUCGUGACAGAACUCGCUUUCACAAAUUCAAGAAUGGCUCUUGUACUUGUAGAGAUUAUUGGUGAAAUGCAUAAUGUUUUAAUUUCUCGUCUGUGGGCUGUACAAGUGUCCCUGGAUAGUUCUUGUUACUUGAAGAUUGAAUUACUACAAUUUUGGAAGCAGAUGAUAAGCUCUUAUGCAUACCUACCUACGUACGCAUGCAUUGAUGGAUAUACAGACAGCAUUUCAGAACAAGUGCAGGUCCUCGCAAGAAGCUUAUUGCAACUGCUGAAUAGCAUUAGGCUAAUUCUUUUUACUCUGUCAAUCGAGAAGUGCAGUCUGAGAAGGGGGCAAAACUAUCAAGUGCGAUCGUACCAUUAUUUGGAAAGGGUAACUGCACUGUAUUCAUGUAGGCUUGCUUGCUCUCUCUUUCUUCAUGGUCCAGAGACGAAUGAGCACUUGUUUCGUGUCUUCACUCUUGAGACUCUAGUGCAAGGAAGGAACAAAAGUUCGAUUGCACAUCUACUUUUUUUAAUUAAAGACUGGUAUUGAUUGUC